AUAUAUAUUAACAUAAACAUUUUAAAUAAUAUAUUAAUUAAACUAAUAAUUUAUCUUAAAAUCAUGAAAAAUAUAACAAAUAAAUAAAUUCACUAAAAUCAUAGAGAUGAUGACAAAUAAGCAAAUUCACUUCUCAAUAAUAGUCCGGUUUCUACAUUAAUGUUGAUCACGCAAUUAUUUCAACAUUCAAAUCCCAAAUCUGUUCCUAGACUUCCAAGAAUGCCUUUUUAACGUUGAAAAGUGAACACUUAUACAGUAAGUCUGUGGAAAUUCAAAAGAAGACCGUGACUUAGUCAAUGUGACUGCUUCUUCUUCUUUCGCGUAACCGCGUUAAUCAAAAAACUUACCCUCUAAAAAGGUUUAGUAAAUUGUCGGACGAUAAGAAACAUACUCUGAGUGCACCAUCAUUUAACAUGUUCUUAUAGUUUUAUUAUAUUCUUAUCACAUCAAUCGACUAUCUAGAAAGUGAUUAGAAACGUGUUUGUCAUGGUGAAAGGUUUAGUUUAAUCCAUGAUUUGGCCAAUAUGUCAACAUACAGAAAAACUGAAACGAGCUAACGUUUUGUAAUUGGAGAUUGUAUUACGUACGUCGCAUUCAAAAAUAUUUUAUAAUCUUUGAUUUUUUCAACGAAGAUAUUGGAAUCAACAUAUAAUCUACUUUUGCUGUGUAUGUGUGUCCCUAGUGUAUAUAUAUGUGGAUGUCACACAAACAUAUCGAUCAGAGAUCACGAGAAGCAAAAACCUAAUUCAGGUAAACAAGAAACAAGUAUUACACAUAUAUAAAGGGGUCGAACUACAAAUUUUAUAAUCAACGAUGGAGGAGAUAAUGUCAAUGAUCUUCAGCGGAAUCAAUCUGGUUAAGGAGCUCGAGUUCUGCAUAUCAGCACAAGAGUCGCCAGAAUCUCUUUCGACUUCUCUCGGUUCAGUCUCCACUCUGUUCGGAGACGCCAACGAGCGGUUAAAAAUCCUACUUGCGAGGAGGAACGCUUACGUACUGACUCAGCCUGAACCAAAACCAGUUCCAAUGUCCGAUUUGGACCAGAUGUUGAUGCAGCAGAUUGAAUAUGGUCUGAUGCAGGACUACAGUUUAAGGGAUGGAGUGAUGCAAGGCGUGAGGAAUAUAGACUCAGGUCCGAGUUGCGGAUUCUCGACUCCAAGGCCUCGAAGAAGGUACGUAAAAGAUUAAGCAUCCGAUCUUUUACGUUGUAAUGGAAGAAACGUACAUAUAAAACAUUCUAAGACUUCGAGUGAUUACUUGGUACGCAACAGAGUAGAAAAGAACUUAUAAAAUUUGUACGAGUUUUUUUUGUUUGGUAUGCUUCGUAAUGCCUGAAGUAAUCAACAUGUAGAAUAAGUCUAUAUGUUUUUUUUGGGGUGCAAACGUUAAAAUGAAUAAGUCUACGUAGUAUAUAAGUAUAUACAGGGCGAAGCCACGUUUAGUAAAGGAGGGGCAGUUGCCCCUUAUAACAUUUUCUAAUUCGGUGUAAUUUCUUUAAAAUUUUAGUUAUGCCCCUGUUUGCAUAUUAUUAGGCUAGUUUUCAUCUUUUCCCCGGAUAAUGUUUUCUAUAUAAAUUACGGACGUGUGAAUAUUGAGAUAUAUAUCAUAUAUAUGUUAUGCAAUGUGAAUGUAUAUAUAGGAAAAAGAAUGAAGAAGAAGAAACGGUGUUUGUGGCGGCGGCGAGGAUGGGGAACAUGGAUACUCCGCCGGACGACAAUCACACUUGGCGUAAAUAUGGCCAGAAGGACAUUCUCGGUUCUAAGUUUCCUCGGUAAUUAUAUUCACUAAUUACAAAAUGAUUCGUUAUUUACGUAAUAGACUAAUAAUACGUUCGUUUAUUUUGAUCUUUUAAAAAUGGUUUUGUUAGUAUACUUUUGAAUCCAUCUAAUCAAACAUGGAGGGUCACUUGAACAUGGGAACUUUUGGUUACUGCUUAGUUUUAUUCGUUUUUUCUUUAAUUUAUAAAUAUCUUUAACCAAUAUAGAACCAAAAUUUAGGGCGUACUAUCGGUGCACCCACGAGAAACUAUACAAGUGUCCGGCGAAGAAACAAGUGCAACGGCUUGACGAGGAUCCUUACACGUUCUGCGUCACUUACCGUAGUUCACACACGUGUCACUUCUUCACCACUUCCCCUAUUCCAUCAACAGCCAACACCGCUACAACAGACGGUCAUUACGGUUCCACCGUAGUUAACAUGGCCGAAGCUUUGUUCGGCAACUUAGACUCGGUUGUUCCUUUUGGUGAACCCUACUUUAACUACCGUAGCCUCUUUCACGGAAGAGGCGGCGAUGGGGAUACGUGAU